GUUGUCUCAACACCGCCGGCUCCGCUCCGGGAUUCCUGCUUCCGGGUCUUGUGGGAGCGGAGCAUGCGCAAUGCGCGGGGGCGGCCGGGCGGCUGAGGCUGCGGCGAGGCCUAGUGAAACGCCGAGAGCCCGGGGCGCGGAUCCCUCCGCGCGCAAGGUGGGCAGGAUGAGGAGCCGGAAGAAGCAUUUACAUUGGUGCUAGAAGUGGGGACGCCCCAGAAGACAUGUCGUACCGAGGCAGCGAGCGGGACUUCCAGACUUCAGCCAGGAGGAUGGGAACUUCGUUGCUCUUCCAGCUCUCUGUCCAUGAGAGAGAGCUGGACCUGGUCUUCUUGGACCACAGCUAUGCCAAGCCAUGGAGUGCCCACCCCGACGCUAGCAGUGCCCGGCCUACUCGGAUGCUCUUUGUCACCCCCAGGAGGCACCAAGACAGCACCAUUGAGGUGGAUAUCCCCAUCGAUGUGGAAACCGUCACACCCACGCCUGUCCCGCUCUACGACAACCAGAAAGCGCGCAGUGUGAUGAACGAGUGUGAGCGCCACGUCAUCUUUGCCCGUACGGAUGCCGAUGCCCCUCCUCCACCUGAUGACUGGGAGGAGCACAUGAACAGGUCGGGUUGGACGAUGGCCCAGAACAAGCUAUUUAAUAAGAUCCUUAAAGCCCUGCAAUCUGACAGGCUGGCCCGCUUGGCCAAUGAAGGGGCUUGCAAUGAGCCAGUGCUGAGGAGGAUAGCAGUGGACAAAUGCGCCCGGCGGGUCCGCCAAGCUCUGGCCAGUGUGAACUGGGACACCAAGCUGAUCCAAUGGCUUCACACCACGCUGGUGGAGACGCUCAGUUUACCUAUGUUGGCUGCUUACCUGGAUGCUUUGCAGACACUUAAGGGAAAGAUCCCCACCCUGAUUGAUAGGAUGCUGCUCUCGUCCACAACAAAGACAGGGGCAGCAGGGGCUGAGGCUCUCUCCCUCCUCCUGAAGAGACCAUGGGACCCAGCUGUGGGUGUCUUGUCACAUAAUAAACCUAACAAGUUACCUGGUUCUCCUCUCAUCCUGAUUGCAUCUUCCGGACCUUCCAGUUCUAUGUUCCCCACCUCUCGCCGGCAUCGGUUCUGGCAAUCGCAGCUCUCUUGCCUGGGAAAGGUGAUCCCUGUUGCCACCCACCUGCUGAAUAAUGGUAGCGGGGUGGGAGUGUUGCAGUGUCUUGAACACAUGAUUGGUGCAGUCAGAGGCAAAGUGCUGGAGAUUCACAACCAUUUCACUCACAAGCCGAUCAUCCUGAUUGGGUGGAACACAGGAGCCUUGGUGGCCUGUCAUGUCUCAGUGAUGGAGUAUGUCACCGCAGUUGUGUGCCUUGGAUUCCCUCUGCUCACAGUGGAUGGGCCCAGAGGGGAUGUGGAUGACCCCCUUCUGGACAUGAAGACCCCAGUUCUCUUUGUGGUUGGUCAGAAUUCUUUGCAGUGCAACACUGAAGCUAUGGAAGAUUUCCGAGAGAAAAUCCGAGCUGAUAACAGCCUGGUGGUGGUGGGAGGAGCUGAUGACAAUCUGAGGAUAAGCAAAGCCAAAAAGAAGGCGGAAGGCCUGACCCAGAGCAUGGUGGACAGAUGCAUCCAGGAUGAAAUAGCUGACUUCCUGACCGGAGUCCUCACCCGCGCGGAUAACCAUUCAGGCUCCGACCCCAGGGACCUCGAUGCCGAGAAAAAGAAGAAACCACGUGACUUGACCAGGAGGGACCUGUCGUUUGACUUGCCAGAAAGAACCAGCAGUCCCACCUCCCCAGCAGCCAAGGUGCCGGCCUCGCCUUCUGGCUCAGAGGAUAUGUCCAGUGUCUCCAGUAGCCCCACCUCGAGUCCCAAAACCAAAAUGGCUGCUGUGUCAUCUGUCCAGAAGUCCAGCCAGAUGGGUGCCACCCAGCUUCUGAAGAGACAUGUGCAGAGAACAGACGGGGUCCUGACACACAAGCAGGCACAAGCUCAGUUUGCUGCUUUUCUGAAACAAAACAUGCUGGUGAGGAAAGUUCUUCCUCCUGGCACCUCUUCAUGUCUCUUUGUUCCAGUCUCAGAGCAGCCAGAAGGGACUGAGAAAGAAGAUGUGCGAAUGCAGCUGAAGAGACAUCAAACCCCCAGCCCGACCCAUUGCAGCAAAUCCUCCAAGCGAGCCAAAAUCAAGGUGACCAUUGUCUCCCACGGGGAAGCUGCUGGCACAGGCAAUGGAGUGCCCCUCGUUGCACAGCCGGAAAGUGUGGCAGGAAAGCUCCCCACCGUGACCGCAGGCCAGUCUGGGUCAGGCGUGAAGGAGCUCUCGGGAUUACUUACCACCCCCAAGCUGAAUUCUGUGGCGGAAACCCCCUCCCUCAGCUCUACCCCCUCAGCCAUGAUCCCUAGCAGCACAGCUCCCAGCGCCUUCCAUUCCUUGCAGAGCAGGCUGGUGGCCAGCAGCGCCCACUGCAGGCAGGCACAGCCUAGCAACACGCUCCAAGGAGCAGCAUCCGCUAGCAGCCUGCUGCAGGGACUGAGCUUCAGCCUGCAGGACAUCGGCACCAAAUCACCAGCCCUUCCAGUGAGCGUAGCAUCCGUGGGGCCGUCCAUACAGACCUCAGCUGGGAAGACACCGGCACCUAUCCAGAGUCUGAGUGCCAUAACCACGGGCACCGGGACAAUCGUCCGCACCAUUCCAGUCGCCACAUCCUUGUCGUCUCUUGGAGCCUCGGGGAGCGGGAAGCCCACGGCUAUUCACCAGUUGCUGACCAAUGGUGGGCUGGCCAAGCUGGCCAGCAGCCUUCCUGGCUUGGCUCAGAUCUCCAAUCAAGCAGCAGGCUUGAAGGCUCCAACUACCAUUACAGUGACUCUGCGGGGGCAGCCUAACCGUGUCACUACCCUGAGCCAAGCGGCCGUGGGGACUAUCCAGCCCCAGCUGGAGGAGCAGCAGCUGCAAACUCAGACACCUCAGGAGUGAGCCCGGCUGCUGUUGGAAGAAGGUUGUAGACUCCUAACCUGUCAAGUGCCCUUCCUGGGAAAGAGACUCAGGUCGCCGUCCUCCCAGCCCCCAGCUGUGUCUUGUCCAGGGGCUGAAUCCAGAACACAAACUGCCCGGUUAGAGGCAGAUUUGUUUAGUGGAGAAGCAGUUAAUGGUGUCAGAUGUUCCAGCCUUGUGAUCUCAGAACCGCAGUGGCAAAGUUCAGCCGAAGGCUGAGUUCAGAAAGGAAAUGAGCAGCUAGAACGUGUUCACUCCCUUGAGUGAAAAAGGAAGAAGGUGAAAUCUCCAGGGAGACGUACCCUGGGGUGGCUCCGCCUGACGUCAGUUUGCAGUUGUGAGACGUAGAUUCGCAGAUGUCAAAGCCAGAAAGGACCAUUUUGCACAUUCCAGUCUGAGCUGCCUAACCCAGGCCAGAGACCCUCACCCAUUGUGCACCAUCAGCAGAGUUGGAACCAUCACAGACUGUAAGUUCUGAAGGGAGUAUUCAGAUAAUCUGGUCUGACCUCCUGCACAUCACAGGGCACAGAACCUGGCCCACCUACUCCUGUAAUAAACGCUUAACCUCUGGCUGAGUCACUGACGGCCUCAAAUCAGGGUUUAAAGACGUCAAAUUACAGAGAAUCACCAUUGACACUAGUGUAAACCUGCAAGUGACCCGUGCCCCAGGCUGCACCGGAACCCUAAGGCCUUCAGCCCCACAGCACAAGUUGCUCCCGCUUGAGCCCCAGGGCUGACUCUGUGACAGCCAGGCCUGGCCUUUAGGCCCUGCUCUGCAAACUGCUGAAGUGCAGGAGCCAAGUGAGAACAUGAACGGAUUGUGUGAAACCCUCCUGACUAGCUCAGCUGCCCCCGUCAGAUGCUGCGUUGCAGGCUGCUGGUGUUGAAGGCCUGUCA